AUGGCGACUGCGGGCCUGCUGCGGAGGGAGAGGGAGCAGUUCGGCUCUUCCCCCUUCACUGGACAGACGACGAUCGAAAGCAAGAUCCAGGCCCUGGAAGACGACAUUGGCGCCACCAAGGUUAGCAACAGGAGAUCGUGCCGGUGGCUCAACGACCGCCUGCUGCUGGAGCUGGUCCCCCGUCUUGGCGCUGACGAGAUCAAAGGCCUCUUCGCUCCGCCACCAUGGGGUGAGGAGCUGCCCCUGUCUGCAUUCUGCAUGACAAGUUCUGCUGCUGCAUGGGAUGUCUUCAGGACCAUCGACAUGGAUGUUCAGGCAAACUUGUUGCAAUUUCACAUGAGACAAUCAUGCACGGAUCGGAAGAACAGUCGUUUGGACGAAGACGAGGAGAUUGCGCUGAACGCUUGGCACCGUAUUGAUCGCCACACUAGAGAAGUUAUCAAGAGGAACUUCCUGCCUGACCUGCUUCGGAUGUACGAAGAACGAGUGAGGGCCUUCAUCCAAGACACGAGGGACUUGCUUGCGCUGGAUGUCCAGGACCCGUUCCAGAGGCUGCUCCUACACGGCGUGUGCGAGUUCUACAAUGUGGCAUCUGAGACGACGAGCAGCACAGUGAGAGAGUACGGCGGGGACAGGCUGUGGAAGACGACGACGAUCAGGAAGAGAUCGGGCACGGGCGCUCCACCCAGGAUCACCUUGGUUGACUUCCUGACAAGGAAGAAGAAUGGAUGCCACUGA